GCGACUCGACCAGGACCGUUCACAUCUGUCUUGGAGGAGAGAGGGGGCAAGAAAACCAGCUUUCUGGUCUGCUCAACGCUCUGGAUAAAAAAAUAGAAAAAGAAAAAGAAAAGAAACACAGAAGCCUACACUGCAUUCAGGUUAUAUCAAGGGAUUUUUACAAACCUCUCCAAGUCUGGAGAAUAAUAUCGGAGGAAUUGCAGCAAAGCACAAACACCCAGCACCAAUGAACACAUCAGCUGUGUGUGGGGCUUGCAACUGGUCAGCAUAUGCUAAAGUUUGGCCAGCAUGUGUCCUACUUGAGCCAUGUCUGCCUGCAGCUGAUCACUCACAGGUUCACAGAUCUUCACCUUCCUCCAUAAUGAUGGAACUCGUACCUGUAAGGCUCCAUGAUCUGUAAGUUUCAGGAGAAGAAAGGUUUACGAUGAGACCAUGAAUGCAUUGUAUGCUCUGUCAGACAUCAGCCUUCUCUGACACCCUUCUAUUAUAUGGCUCCUUCCCUCUUUGCCUCAUUUUCUUCUGGCUGAACUCUGCUUAAGGAAAGAUCACAACUGAAUAACUCUUCUCCCUAGCUGUUGGCGGCAGCUCAGUUUUCCUGGAAAUUACAUAGAGAUCUGGAUUCUCAAGAGGAAGAUUCUGUUUUUGGUCCAGGAUAAGACCACAAGGCUUUCAAAGAAACAGCUGGGUUGAAAUUAUCAUAUUCCCCCCUCUUUUACUCUCCCUCUAUCCAUCAGUCCUUUCGCCAAGUCCCAGAGGCACCAACUGAUGGAGAGACGAAGGAGAGAGUCAGGAUAAGGAUAAGAAUUAGAGCAUCAGAGAGAACAGAAAAAAAAAACUGCUGAUUUGUCAGGAACCCUGGACUUGUGUGUUUGUGAGGAUUACCCACAGGGCUUUACAUCCCCAUUAAGUUAUAUAUAAUAAUUGUUGUUUACCUUUGAAAUCUAUUAACCACAACAAAGCUAGGCCUUACCUCUUUGGUUUGUUAGACCUACAAGGCAUAAAGUAGAGAAUAGGAAACUUGGGAACACUGAGCAUGACAAGAGGGUUAAGAUUCCUGUGUUGGCCUCUGUGGCCUCUGGCCCUCUUUAGCCUGCUCAGUACAGUGAAGAUGCUGGAAUUUGGUGGGGCACCUGGCCAGUGGGCACGCUACGGGCGCUGGGAAGCUGGAUCAGUGGGCGAGCUGAGCUUCAGUCUCAAGACCAACAUCAGCAAAGCCUUGGUGCUCUACUUGGAUGAUGGUGGCAACUGUGACUUUUUGGAGCUGCUGAUCGCUGGUGGACGCCUCCAGUUACGUUUUGCCAUCCACUGUGCUGAGCCAGCCACUUUGCACAUGGAGACACGAGUGAAUGACGAUCGCUGGCACAUGGUCUUGCUCACACGCAACUUUCGUGAGACCCUCCUGAUGGUAGAUGGAGAAACAAAAGUGGCUGAGGUCAAAUCCAAGAGAAAGGAGAUGGCGGUGGUCAGUGAUCUCUUUGUGGGUGGGAUCCCACCCGAUGUGCGUCUUUCUGCACUGACGUCCAGUACAGUGAAGUAUGAGCCACCCUUUCAGGGCUUGAUUUCCAAUCUCAAGGUGGGGGAGAUGCCUCCUACUUUGUUAAAUAGCCAGGGCAUUCAGAGCGACCUGGAGUAUCUCUGCACCAAACAGAACCCAUGCUUCAAUGGAGGGUUUUGCUCUAUUCAGUAUGGAGAAGUUCACUGUGACUGCACUCACACCCGUUUCAAGGGGAAGUACUGCAAGGAAGCUGAAGAGUAUGCCGUUGAAGGUCUGGCGCACCUGACGUUAAACGACCAAGGUGACUCAUCUCAAGUUGGUAAGGAAGAGUCAGUGGCCACCUUCAAGGGCAACGAGUUCUUCUGCUAUGACCUGUCGCUGACACCCAUCCAGAGCAGCACUGAUGAGAUCACACUCUCCUUCCGCACACUGCAACGCAACGGCCUCAUGCUGCACACCGGCAAGUCAGCUGAUUAUGUAAACCUUUCCUUGAAGAGCGGCGCUGUUUGGCUGGUCAUCAACCUGGGCUCGGGGGCCUUUGAGGCCCUGGUGGAGCCUGUUAAUGGCAAGUUCAACGACAACGCCUGGCAUGACGUGCGCGUUACCCGCAACCUGCGCCAGCACGCAGGCAUUGGACACGCUAUGGUGACCAUCUCGGUGGAUGGUAUAUUGACCACCACUGGUUAUACCCAGGAAGAUUACACCAUGCUUGGCUCGGAUGACUUCUUCUACAUUGGAGGGAGCCCCAACACGGCCGACCUGCCUGGCUCUCCAGUGAGCAACAACUUCAUGGGCUGCCUUAAAGAUGUGGUGUACAAGAACAAUGACUUUAAGCUGGAGCUGUCACGGCUGGCCAUUGAGCGCGACCCUAAAAUCACCCUGAACGGUGACCUGGUGUUCCGCUGCGAGGACGUGGCAGCCCUGGACCCUGUCACCUUUGAGACCCCUGAGUCCUUCAUAUCCUUGCCUAAGUGGAACACCAAGAAGACAGGCUCUAUCUCCUUUGACUUCCGCACCACAGAGCCCAGCGGCCUCUUGCUGUUCAGCCAUGGCCGCCCUCAGGGUCCCAAAGAGCAGAAACCCGGAAGGGAGCUGAAAACUGAUUACUUUGCUAUGGAGCUGCUGGACGGUUAUUUGUACCUGCUGAUCGAUAUGGGCUCAGGAAAGACAAAACUGAAGGCCAGCAACAAGAAGGUCAAUGAUGGUGAAUGGUGUCAUGUGGAUUUCCAGAGGGAAGGGAGGAAAGGCUCUAUCUCAGUCAACAGCCGCAGCAUGCCCUUCAACUCCCCAGAGGGCAGUGAAAUCCUGGACCUGGACAGUGAUAUGUACUUGGGUGGGCUGCCUGAGUCUAAGUCGGACCUUAUCCUGCCACCAGAGGUUUGGACAGCUCUACUUAACUAUGGUUAUGUAGGGUGUGUCCGUGACCUCUUCAUUGAUGGCAAGAGCCGCGACGUCCGCCGUCUGGCUGAGAUCCAGAGCGCGCUGGGUGUCAGCAGUUUCUGCACCCGUGAACUGCAGAAGCGGUGCAGCAGUGCCCCCUGUGGCAACGGCGGACUGUGCAAAGAGGGCUGGAACCGCUACAUUUGCGAUUGCACCGGCACUGGAUACCUGGGUACCAACUGUGAGAUAGAGGCAACAGUGCUAAGUUAUGAUGGCAGCAUGUACCUGAAGAUCAUUGUGCCGGUCACCAUGCACACAGAGGCUGAGGACGUGGCACUACGCUUCAUGUCUCAGCGGGCGUACGGCCUGCUCAUGGCCACCACCUCCAAAGAGUCAGCAGACACCCUGCGACUGGAGCUGGAUGGAGGCCGUGUUAAGCUCACCGUGAACCUUGAUUGUAUCAGGAUAGACUGUAGCCUCAGCAAAGGACCUGAGAUACUGUUUGCGGGACAGAAGCUGAACGACAAUGAGUGGCACAUGGUGAAGGUGGUGCGACGAGGCAAAAGCCUGCAGCUGUCUGUGGAUAAUGUCACAGUGGAAGGCCAGAUGACUGGUGCCCACACACGUCUUGAGUUCCACAACAUCGAGACCGGCAUCAUGACUGAGCGCCGCUUCAUAUCUGUGGUGCCCUCAAACUUCAUUGGCCAUCUCCAGGGCCUGACCUUCAACGGGGUGCCAUAUUUAGACCAGUGUAAAAAUGGGGACAUCUCUUACUGCGAGCUGAAUGCCCGCUUUGGCAUGCGCCACAUCAUUGCAGAUCCAGUGACGUUUCGAACGAAGGGCAGCUACUUGGCCUUAGCCACGUUGCAAGCUUAUGCCUCCAUGCAUCUCUUCUUUCAGUUUAAAACCACCACACCUGAUGGCCUGAUGCUCUUCAACUCUGGCGAUGGGAGUGAUUUUAUCGUUGUGGAACUGGUGAAAGGGUAUGUUCACUAUGUCUUUGAUCUUGGCAACGGACCAUCACUGAUGAAGGGAAACUCAGACAAGCCACUCAGUGACAACCAGUGGCACAAUGUGGUGGUGUCCCGGGAUGCCAACAAUGUGCAUACGCUCAAGAUCGACUCACGCACCGUUACUCAGCACUCCAAUGGAGCCCGCAACUUGGACCUCAAAGGGGAGCUGUACAUCGGUGGCGUGACAAAGAACAUGUACAGCAGUCUGCCCAAGCUAAUUGCAUCCCGGGAUGGGUACCAGGGCUGUCUGGCCUCUGUCGACCUGAAUGGGAGACUCCCUGACCUGAUUGCAGAUGCCCUCCACAGGGUGGGCCAGGUGGAACGAGGCUGCGAUGGACCCAGUACCACCUGUACGGAGGAGUCAUGCUACCAUCAGGGGGUGUGUCUGCAGCAGUGGGAGGGCUUCACCUGCGACUGCACUAUGACGUCCUAUAGAGGCUCGUUUUGUAACGACCCUGGGACAACUUACAUCUUCGGGCGAGGCGGAGCCCUCAUCACAUAUACCUGGCCACCCAAUGACCGGCCGAGCACACGGGCAGACCGGCUGGCAGUGGGCUUCAGCACGCAGCUGAAGGAGGCUGUUCUGGUCAGGGUAGAGAGUGCCAAGGGACUGGGAGAUUACUUGGAGCUGCACAUAGAACGGGGAAAGAUCGGCGUGAUCUUCAACGUGGGAACGGACGACAUAACCAUUGAGGAGAGUGCGGUGAUGGUGAGCGACGGCAAAUACCAUGUGGUGCGAUUCACACGUAGCGGUGGUAAUGCCACACUGCAGGUGGACAAUCAGCCCGUCAUCGAACGUUUCCCCUCAGGGAACUUUGAUAAUGAGCGCCUGGCUAUUGCUAGACAAAGAAUCCCAUACCGACUCGGUCGGGUAGUUGACGAGUGGCUACUCGACAAAGGUCGCCAGCUGACCAUCUUCAACAGCCAGGCAUUCAUCAAAAUUGGUGGAAGUGGAGAGAAGGGGCGCCACUUCCAGGGCCAAAUCUCAGGCCUGUACUACAACGGCCUGCAGGUGCUCAAACUGGCAGCUGAGGGUGACCCCAAUGUCCAGACUCAGGGUAACCUGCGGCUGGUGGGUGACGUACCCUCAGUGCUCACUACUGACACCACCUCCACCACCCCACUGGCUGAUAUGUCCACCACAAUCAUGGAGACAACUACCACCAUGGCCACAACCACCACCCGUAAACAGCGCUCCACCAUAAGGGACAGUGUCACACCGAAUGUGGAUGACAUCUUGGUAGCAUCAGCUGAGUGUCCUAGUGAUGAUGAAGAUUUGGAGGAGUGUGAGCCUGGAAAUGAUCCUACGUCUCCUGAGAGAGGGCUCCCAGGUGCUGUGGAGGUGCAGCAGUCCAGCAGCACCACAGGAAUGGUGGUGGGCAUCGUUGCAGCUGCCGCUCUCUGCAUCCUCAUUCUACUCUAUGCCAUGUACAAGUAUCGUAACCGUGACGAGGGCUCCUACCAGGUUGACCAGAGCCGCAACUACAUCAGCAACUCAGCCACACAGAGCAACGGAGCCCUGGUGAAGGAGAAACAGCCCAGCACUGCCAAGACAGUUACCAAGAACAAGAAGAACAAAGACAAAGAGUACUACGUCUGAGGGAGCGCCGUCGUGACACAGACACACUUAGAGAAGGAAGGAGACGAGAGGGAGAGGGAGAGGGGGGAGGGAGAGAACAGGCAGUAUAUGAACAGUGGGGAACAUAACACAGAGGGUCAUUUAUUAUAAUGCUCAGUAUUGUCAGGUGGCCAUACAUGUUACCAAUUCCAGUCUAACCGGAGGGAAGCAACAAAUUAAGAUGGCAUCAUGAUUGAUCCAACUUGUUCUUAAAUGUUGACCAUGGUUUGGAUUUAAAGAACGGCUAUUACACCGCAGAGCAACACAUACUGUGCCAACACCCGUGUACCAAAUGCUGAUAAAACACUGAUUUAUGGGUUAGCAUAUGACAGGUUAUUUAAUAUCUUGGGUACUGUAGCAAAGCACCACCAUCAGUAUUUGUGUCAGGGUCUGUACUUCGUUCUGAAGCGGGCCUGUGGUGCAAGUCAUCACCUUAGACAGUAUCAACAUAUUAUUUUCCAACUAGGCCUGAAUUGGCAACUUGACAUCCCUCUGUAAAAUCAAUAUACUGCCAGCUUACAGAAACACUGUGUUAAUCCAGCAGUCCCACCUCUGUAAAUGUUGGGCAUUUGUGAUCUCUCACCUCUUGUCAGAUCUCUCCCUCUCGUACUCUGUUUCUCUUGUUCCGGUGCUCAGCAGCCGAUGCAAUGUAAACUCUGCCGUGUUUCAAGCAUGUAGUAUUCAUUUACAAAGACAUGAAAACCAUUUUUCUUUCUGUGGAGUUAAAAAAAUAUGACAGUGACUGAUGCUCUUAAUGAUGUUAAACGUAGCAACUAUGUGAGAUACCAUCACUCCAAUCUAAUGGAUGCUAACCUGUACGUUUAGCCGCCAAAAAAAUUGAGGCCAAACCCCCUUGGUCGUCCUUUGUUCCAGCAGAUCUGUGUCAUGUGUUUCUGGGGCUCCAAGCCGCGCCCUAGUUGGCCAGCUGAAAAAAAAACUCAACAUCCUUACAGUUACUAGUCACCGAAAACAGAAAAAACCCUCCAGCAAACAAGAUGAACUGUGUUCUAUAUAAUUAUAAAUACAUGUACCUAAGGACCUAAAUCGUGAGCAAGUGGAAACUUGAGUUUGCCUCCACCCCCGGAACUGAAUGGCUGGUGCAAUGCCUUGCUGCAAGACUUGGUCACUUUGGUUUGCUCUUAUGUUUUCAGUUUUUCUUUUCUCUGGAGAAAUGAGACAUUUUAGGGAAAUAUGAAUUUAUGCUUGCUGGAGUUCCACUGUGGAGAGCGCUACUGUACCUUGCAGGUGAGAAAGCGACUGUCUUUCACCCCCCGUAGCCUGACUGGACUGAUGGCAGCCAAUGGGCAAAGUAAACUGUGGGAAGAGCACACAAACAAAAAUGUGACUGGCAGUUCCCUGGAAGAUGUACAACAGAACUCUAGUAUUCCAAUUUUCUCAACUCUAUUAAAAAGAAAACUAUCAUGAAAAAAACUGAAACAAGUUUGUGAAAUGUCUAAAUAUUUGACUCAUUCCAUUACUAAGAGAAAUGUGUUUUCCCUGCUAUCAUUCCUGUUUGGAGAAAAAAAUGACUGAUUCUGGAAAACUGAAAUUUCUAUGUAUUUUCUUUUAGUAAUCGAGCAAAUGUGAUUUGGGUUAUGAAGAUGAACCUACUAAGUUCCUCUCAUUUUAUUCCAUCCUCAGUCUAUUUUUGUCCUACAUCUAUUCCUUUUUCUCUGUAUGGCAGGUUGUAUGUCCCCAUACCCUGUGCAGAAGGCAGGCUCUAUCUAUCCAUUUUUAUUUGUUUUAUAUAUAUUUCUGUCUACAUGGCCAGAGACAAGAUGGCAGCCGUUUCAUCUGGCAGGCUCCAUUGACUCACUCUCCUGCCAUGUUUGUCUGGUUUCUCUUUUUCCAUUUCAAACAUACUCCUCCCAGUAUCUUCCUGUUCUUUCUAAAUGUUAUUGUAAAGUGUUCCAGUGAGAUGACUCUAAAUAUGUGUACAUUAACAGAGGGAAUACACUUGGUUAUA